AUGGGGCUAUAUACUAAAUAUGAGGUUUGUAUUCGAAGAAUACACUUUAAAACAUUAUGUAAAAAUGAGUGUUGUGUUAAAUGGAGAAAAGGAAUUUGCCCAUGGAAUAAAGGAAAACAAACAAUAAAAGGAUUUUGUUUUGGUUCUUCAUUUGAAACUUCAGCAUUAUUGAUUCAAAUUAUUUCAAGAGGUCAUAUGAAAAUAAUCAUCCGUAUCAUUAAUGAGAGUUACAAAGGAAAGAUCAUUAUAACUAAUAAAAAUGGAAAUUGGGUAUGGACUGUUUCUGGUGAUAUUGUUAAUGUUGAAGGAAAUGUUACCAAAACAUAUUGGAAUCAACUCAAAGGCAUUAAAUCAGAACAAAUUACAAAAGAGAGCAAAGAAGACUUGCCUCUUAAGACAAAAAAAAUUGACCCUGACCAAUUAUUAUUAAAAGAAAUGCUUGUCAGAGAUACUUAUCAAAUUAGAAAUGAAGAUAUUACUCCUAAGACUAAAGAAAUGUUUAUUUCACAAAAGUAUCGAUUGGAAACUGCUGUCAAGGAAAAACGAUUUGAUGAAGUGAUAAAAAUUUUAAAAGAAGAUUGUGUUUAUAAAAUGAAUUUAGAGCUUUGUCGUCAACUAAUUAAAAAAGUAAAUUGUCAAGGGAAUGAGGUAUUUUGGCUUGGAUGUUUAAUUCAAUUUAGAAAAGAAUUAGUAAGGAAUGACACAUUAAACUUAAAGGAAGUAAUUGUCAUUGGUAAGAUUGUUGGAGAAAUUGAAGGAGUAUUAUCUAUGAUAGAAAAUUCUAUUGCUAACUGUUGUAAGAUAACUGCUAAUGUAUUAGCCGACAGGUUAGUGACUUGUAUUGUUGAAGAAACAAAAUAUUUUAAAAUCAAUGGAAUUAUACAAGAAAAGAUUGUUGGAGAAAUUAAGAACUUAUUGCUUCAAGUAAAACAAGAAAUGAGUAUGACUAAAAAUGAAAAUGACUACCCAUUUGUGAUGCAAAUGUUUAAUAAUAAAGUUACAAAAAGAAUAGUAAUGUUUGAUUCUUGGGAAAUACUUGUUCUCAAAUAUUCACUCGAUGAAAUUAGUCAAUGGUGUUCUUCAAAUAACAUUGAGUUUACUAUUUAUCAAGAAGCACUACACUCUAAGCUAACUCAGUCAUAA